AUGCCUGCUUCUACACGCGACAUUAACACUGGCGGCAGACUCAGAAACAACGUUCAACUUAACACAUUUGACUUGACCUCUCUUGGUGGUGUUCGUACAGUGACCCGAACGCGCGACACGCCUCCCACUAAGGUUGUCGACUCACUGAGGUUUGACUUAUGUGAAGAAUUGAAACUUCAGGAUGGUGUUUCGGAGCACGACCAGUGUCCUCCUGGUACCAGAGCAUGUCUCACUAAGAUCAAUCAAAGGACAGGUGAACAGGACCGUAUAGUUGCGGUCAUUCCAAUGGCACAGUCAGCGAACUUGGAACCAAUAUCCUCUGCGAAUUCUUCACCAAAGUAUCUAUCUCUAGUAUUUCAUGGCGCAGAAUACCCUGCGCCACCCCUUUCAAUGCCAGUCCGACAAUCCCUAAACCUAACAAUUCUGUGCAAUCCGCAAGAAACAUCGGAACCCAAAUUCAUCGCAUAUGAUGGUUCAAGGCUCGAUUUGGAAUGGACUGCGCCUGCAGGCUGCCCGUUUAAAGAGGAAGAGGAAGACAAGGGUGGAGGAGGCGACAAUAAAGAAGAACCUACUCAGCCAGAGAACGUAGGGAGUGGGAUUGGUUGGUUUUUCCUGGUAAUUCUUCUUGCAUUUAUAGCUUACUUCGGUCUUGGAGCCUAUUAUAAUUAUUCGACUUAUGGCGCCAGAGGUCUUGAUCUAAUACCCCACCGUGAUUUCUGGAAGGAAGUCCCAUAUAUGCUCAGUGAUGUAGCAUCUCAUCUUUGUUCCAACGUGAGGCCACGCAGGACUUCAAGUCGCGGUGGUUAUGUUGCCGUUUAA